AACUGCACUAACUUAAAAGUUAAAAGCGGGAUUUUUAAAGCUUUAGAUUUUUUUUUUUUUUGAUUUAUUAGUUUCCGUUUCCAUUUUUCAACUUUUCCCUUCUGCAUUUCUGUUUCCUGUCUCGGGUUUGCAUUUAGGCGUCGUUUCUCGGCCGAGGAAGUGGUUCGAUGGAUCUAGGGUGAUGAAAGGAGUUUGAAGUGGCAUGUGAUCUGUUUGAUCCAUUUCCUGCGUUUUUUAUUUUUCGUUUCUUAUGAGAUUCUUGAUGAGGGUUGCCAUUUUGUAAACUGCGGGCGUUGAGUGGAGUGGAGCAGUUGUGGGUUCGCGGAAAUGGAGACUAUUUCUGCCAGUGCCAGGGAGGAUAGUUCGAAUAAAUCUCAUUCGGUAAUGCUCUCUCCGGCCGCUUCAUCGGAUAGCGCUACGCGAGCAGUGAAAUCGGUAAAAUCAGGUGGAGUUACAACAAUUGGGAAAACUACAGGGUCUCUUUCAUCUGCAGGGAAGAAGGCCCAAGGAAAUGGGACACGGGGUUCUAGUCAACCUAAAUCUACACUUAUGAAGCCAACUUUGAGCUCGAGUGCUGCUUCAUUACCGAGGAGAAACAGCACGGGAGGCCUUUCUGAGAAGCAGGCUGUGAUGGGUUCAAUACGCCCGUCAAUUGAUGGGAAAAAGGUUUCUCCUUCAGUCUUGAACUCUGCGAAGAAAAGUAGUGGUGAAUGUAGGCGGUCAUCGCUGCCUCCCGCCAGUCCAAAGGGUUCAACACUGGAUGCAGCUCUGAAUGGGAAAAAAGCUUCUCCAAGACCGCAGUUGCUCUCAAAGUUAAAUAGUGGCUCGGCAGAUUCUAGGCAAAGGUCAACAAUUAAACCAUUAGAGCCAUUGUCUUACUCGAGGAGUGUGUCUUCGUCUUCUUUGGGAAGCUCUAAUGGCCGCAGUAGUCUUAGGAAAACAACUUCGACUGUUUCCUCUCCUUCAGCACGAUCACCAGCAGUUACAAGCAGCCUGAAGUUAGGGUCACUUUCAGCAUCUGUGGAUAGAAUUUCUUCACUACCUGGCAGGAAAAAAACUCUGACGACUGUUGAGAGUGGUGAUUCUCGUUUCAUGAUGCUCCCCCAGGUCGAUUCUAAAGCUAAGGAUGACCUGCGACUGGAUCUACGAGGGCAUAAAAUUCGUAGUAUUGAUGCGGUUGGGUUGAAUCUAUCACCAACCUUGGAGUUUGUUUAUCUCAGGGAUAAUUUACUUUCAUCGGUGAAGGGCAUUGAAAUAUUGAAGCGGGUGAAGGUUCUUGACCUAAGCUUUAAUGACUUCAAAGGGCCUGGUUUUGAGCCUCUUGGGAAUUGUAAAGUUCUUCAGCAACUUUACCUUGCUGGAAAUCAAAUUACAUCACUUGCAAGCCUCCCUGAACUUCCUAGUUUAGAGUUUCUCUCUGUUGCUCAGAACAAACUAAAAUCGCUUUCAAUGGCUACCCAGCCUCGGCUACAGGUUUUGGCAGCCAGCAAAAACAAAAUAUCAAGUUUUAAAGGAUUCCCACUUUUACCUGUUCUUGAGCAUUUACGGCUGGAAGAAAAUCCUAUACUACGAGUACCUCAUGUGGAGGCCGCUUCUAUAUUAUUAGUUGGCCCCACCUUAAAGAAGUUCAAUGAUCGAGAUCUAUCUCCCGAGGAGCUAGAGGUUGCAAAGUUAUAUCCAGCUCAUACACCUAUUUGCAUUAGAGAUGGUUGGCAAUUUGAACGUCCAGAGCUGGCUGCUGAUUCAACCUUUUCAUUUCUUCUUGAGAAAUGGAGGGAAAACUUGCCCCCUGGUUUCAUGGUUAAGGAAUCUUUUGUUGAUCAGCCAUUCGAAGAAGACAUUUGUCGUUGUCAUUUCACAUUUAUCAAUCUGAACAGUGAUUCUGAGUUGGUCCUUAAAUACCAAUGGUUUGUUAGCGAAAGGACUCCUACUAAAUUUGAGGCUAUUGCUGAUGCGGUUGAAGAUGCAUACUGGCCAAAGCGUGAGGAGGUUGGGAAAUUCUUAAAGGUUGAAUGCACUCCCAUACUAAAGGAGACGGAGUAUCCUCCCAUUUUUGCUAUUUCAGCGCCUGUUUCUCCAGGAACUGGGUGCCCGAAAGUUUUAAAUUUAAAUGUGCUUGGUGAACUUAUUGAGGGAAAUGUAAUAAGGGGUUCUGCUAAGAUUGCAUGGUGUGGAGGCAUGCCAGGAAAGUGUGUAUCAAGUUGGUUGCGAAGAAGAUGGAAUAGCAGUCCAGUGAUAAUUGUUGGAGCAGAAAAUGAAGAUUACCUCUUGGCUGCCGCUGAUAUUGAUUCAAGCUUGGUUUUCAUGUAUACCCCUGUGACAGAGGACGGUACAAAGGGGGAACCGCAGUAUGCCAUGACUGAUUUUGUAAAAGCAGCUGCACCUUCAGUUAGUAAUGUAAGAAUUUUGGGAGAUGCUGUUGAAGGAAAUACAGUCAAAGGAACUGGAGAAUACUUUGGUGGGAUAGAAGGACCAAGCAAGUUUCAAUGGUUGCGAGAAGAUUAUGAGACUGGUGACCUAGUGGUAGUUUCAUCCGGUGCUUCUGAGUAUACCUUGACAAAGGAAGAUGUUGGGCAACGUCUUGCAUUUUUUUAUAUUCCGGCUAAUUUUGAGGGCCAGGAGGGAGAAUCCGUAUCAAUCAUGUCUCAGAAAGUGAAAAAAGCUCCACCAAAGGUAACCAAUUUGAAGAUUGUUGGAGAUCUGAGGGAAGGGAGUAAAUUGACAGUUGCAGCUACAGUUAUCGGAGGAAAUGAGGGAUCUUGUAGGGUCCAAUGGUUUAAAACAAGUUCGUCUAAGUUUGAGGAUGAAAAUAGUCUUGAAGCAAUUGGUUCCUUAAAAAUUGCGAAGACUUUUCGUGUUCCACCUGGUGCUGUGGGGAACUACAUUGUUUCGAAGUAUAUUCCUGUGGCUGCUGAUGGUGAAGCUGGUGAAUCAGCAUUUGCUAUCACUGAGAAAGUAAUUGAAACACUUCCGCCAAGCCUAAAUUUUCUUUCCCUCACCGGUGAUUUUCAUGAGGGUGAAGUGUUGACAGCAUCAUAUGGUUAUGUUGGUGGACAAGAGGGCAGAAGUUUAUACAAUUGGUAUCUUCAUGAUACAGAAUGCACUGCUGGUAUGUUAAUACCUGAAGCAUCAGGUUCGCUACAAUAUUGCAUUACAAAGGAUGCUAUUGGCAAGUUUAUUUCAUUCAAGUGCGCACCAGUUCGUGAUGAUGGUAUUUUUGGCGAACCUAGAACCUUCUGGGCACCUGAACGAACUCGCCCAGGAAGCCCUAGGUUACUUUCCUUGAAGAUAGUUGGUGAAGGUGUUGAAGGAACCACAUUGUAUGCUGAAAAGAAAUAUUGGGGUGGAGAAGAGGGUAAUUCGAUUUACCGCUGGUUCUUGACGAGCUCUAAUGGCACUGUGACUGAAAUCGAAGGUUCAAAUUCUGCUUCCUAUAAGGUAUCCUGCAGUGAUAUUGGUUUCCUCGUAUCUGUUUCAUGCGAACCUGUUAGAAGUGAUUGGGCUCAUGGUCCCAUAGUGACUUCGGAACACAUUGGUCCUAUUAUUCCCGGUCCACCAAGUUGUCAUUCACUUGAAUUUCUUGGAUCACUGGUUGAGGGAAACCGUGUCACUUUUGUUGUUGAGUACAGUGGCGGUGAAAAGGGAUGCUGCAUCCAUGAAUGGUAUAGGUUAAAGGAAAGCGGUGUUAAAGAAAAAUUAACUGAUUAUGAGUUUCUGGAUUUGACUUAUGAAGAUGUGGGAAGAUUGAUUGAGCUUGUUUAUACGCCUGUUCGUGAAGAUGGAUUGAGAGGCUCCAAAAAGAGUCUUAUUUCAACCACCAUUUUUCCUGCGGAUCCCAAGGGUAUUAAACUUAUUAUUCCUGACUGCCUUGAGGAUAAGGAGAUCAUUCCUCUUAAAUCUUAUUAUGGUGGAAUGGAAGGCAGCGGGGAGUAUGUUUGGUAUAGAACGAGGUGUAAACCUGAUGAAUCAAACAUGUUGGAUGUGUCUAGUGCUACUGCGGACUUUGUAGUUGUUGGAAAGAAUAUGACUUAUACGCCCACACUUGAAGAUGUCGGCUGUUAUUUGGUUCUUGAUUGGGUGCCUACACGGGAUGAUGGGAAACAAGGUUCUCCAGUAAUUGCAGUUGGCAGCAACCCUGUCAUCGCAGCACUUCCAGUUGUUUCCAAUGUAUGCAUAAAGCAUCUUGGUUCAGAAAUUUACGAAGGAGAAGGCCAAUAUUACGGUGGAUCUGAGGGAUCAAGCAUGUAUAGCUGGUAUAGGCAAACUAGUGAUGGAACCAUUAUUCUCAUACCAGGAGCCACUUCCAUUAAUUAUAAAGCUGGAGAUCCAGAUUACAACUGCCGCUUGUUAUUUGGCUACACUCCUGUUCGUUCAGACUCAGCUAUUGGGGAACUUGUACUGUCAGAAGCAUCUGACAUUGUUCUUCCAGAACUCCCAAAAAUUGAGUUGCUUUCUUUCAAUGGAAAGGAAGUAGAAGGAGAAAUACUCACAGCUGUUCAAUUAAUACCAAAAACUGAAAAUCAAAAGCAUGUUUGGAGCAAGUACAAAAACGAUGUUAAAUACCAAUGGUUUUAUUCAGUGGGGAUGGGGGAACAUCAAUCUUUUGAGCUGGUUCCCUCACAACAGUCUUGCUCAUAUAGGGUGCGUUUUGAGGAUAUUGGUCGUUGCCUGAAAUGUGAGUGCACUGUUACUGAUGUAUUUGGAAGAUCAAGUGAAACUGUCUCAGCAGUGACUUCUCCUAUCUUGCCAGGAAUGCCUAAAAUUUGUAAGCUUGAGAUUGAGGGAAGAGGCUUCCAUACAAACUUGUAUGCUGUUCGUGGUAUAUAUAGUGGAGGAAAAGAAGGAAAGAGCAAAAUCCAGUGGCUUAGAUCGAUGGUUGGAAGUCCUGAUCAUAUAUCUAUACCUGGUGAGGUUGGGCGAAUGUAUGAAGCUAAUGUUGAUGAUGUGGGAUACAGGCUUGUUGCUGUUUAUACUCCAGUCCGAGAAGAUGGGGUAGAGGGAGAGCCUGUAUAUACUUCAACGGAGCCCAUUGCAAUUGAGCCCGAUGUAUAUAGAGAGGUGAAGCAGAAGGUUGAAAUCGGAUCAGUGAAAUUUGAGGCAUUGAUUAACAAAGACAAGAAGGUCCCAGGAGCCGGAAACCUUGAGAGAAGAAUAUUAGAAGUUAACAGGAAGAGGAUCAAGGUUGUAAAGCCUGGUUCCAAGGCUUCUUUUCCUGCCACAGAAAUCCGGGGAACCUAUGCUCCACCCUUUCAUGUGGAACUUUACAGGAAUGAUCAACACCGCUUCAAGAUUGUUGUUGACAGUGAAGAUGAGGUAGAUCUAAUGGUGCAAACGCGGCACAUGAGGGAUAUUAUUGUUCUUGUUAUUAGAGGACUUGCUCAAAGAUUCAAUAGUACCUCCCUCAAUUCCCUACUGAAAAUAGAUAGCUGAAACUUCAACUUACUCAAAAGAACUGUUUUCAAGAAAAUAUUUAACACAGCUCAGAAGGAAUUUGUCAAUGUUUUUACUGCAUUGAUCAUCCACUGUAUUUAUGUUGUAAAUCGUGGAGACUUCUAUGGUGCGGUCAGUGUAGUACUAAGGCUUUGGUUUAAUGUUUUUUUUUUUUUUUUUCCUUUUUAUAUUAUUGUUCAUAGUGUGCAUUCUUAGGAUAAUUUGCUGAUCAUUUGGGUUACAUGACUAAUAUUGCAGUGUGAGGGUGUUUGUGUAUUCUUUACUGGUUUCUAUUCAUGGGAUAUGUUUUUGGCU